UGGGCGGUGCGCGCUCCAGGGACGCGUGCGCGCACCCAGCAUUCUGCGCGAGCCAGAGGCAGGCGGAGGGAACGCGAGCAGACUGCACGCCUUGCCCAGCCGGCGAGCCCGAGCCAGCCAGCCCGCCAGCGCCAGUGGAGCCCGCGUGGAGGGAGCCGCCGGUUGAUCCCGCAAGAUGAACACCCUGCUGUCGCGGGCGAACUCGCUGUUCGCCUUCACGCUGAGCGUCAUGGCGGCGCUCACCUUGGGCUGCAUCCUCACCACCGCCUUCAAAGACAGAAGCGCGCCAGUGCGCCUGCACGUCUCCAGGAUCCUGCUCAAAAAAGUGGAAGACUUCACCGGACCCAGAAAGAAAAGCGACCUGGGCUUCAUCACGUUCCACAUCUCUGCGGAUUUGGAGAAGACUUUCGACUGGAACGUCAAGCAGCUCUUCCUUUACCUCUCGGCAGAAUAUUCCACGAAAAGCAACGCUGUGAACCAGGUGGUCCUCUGGGACAAGAUCCUUCUGCGAGGCGAGAACCCCAAGCUGGAUCUGAAAGAUGUCAAAAGCAAGUAUUUUUUCUUUGACGACGGGCACGGUCUCAAGGGAAACAGGAAUGUCACUUUGACUCUGUCCUGGCAAGUUAUCCCCAUUGCUGGGAUUCUGCCUCUUGUGACUGGAUCUGGACGCGUGUCUGUCCCAUUUCCAGACUCGUAUGAAAUAGCCACGACUUUCUGAAGAACUCUCCCUGCGUCUAAAAGGGACAUCUGUGUACUUAAGGAAUCAUAUUUCUUUCAUCGUUUCCCUCAGGUCUUGCUGAGUUCUUUUGUGUUUUGUUUCUUUAAGAUGUGCUGUUUUUGUGUCUGGGACUGGCUGAGCUCCUCAUCCUCAUGUUUCCUUCCAUUUACCUAAUAUAGAGACUGCCUUCAUGGAUCUUACUGUGACAGUGGUUGUUAUGUUCCUUUUGUAUAAGAAUUAACAUCAAAUUGUUUAGUUGGAGGGAAGGACUGAUAGAGUACUGGAACAUUGUUGAACAAACAAAAUAACAAAAGAAGUUCACCAGAGCAGAAUAUUAUCAGACAAUUGCAUAAUAAGGAUUGAAAAGAAUACACAGUUUUGUCACGUUCACUGUGUUAUUUCAUGUGUAAUAUAAAUGUGUUUGGAAAGAAUUUAAAAAUUCGAUGUAUAGGUGUUGUCAUAAUAACUGUAUUUUAUUCCUGAUGUUCCUUGUAGGUUCAUAUUGAUUGCCGUUUUCUUAUAUCUUCUAGGAUGUGUUUGAUUACUAGAAACAUUGUGAUUUGCUUUUUAGGAAUCUGACAUACAAAAUAGGUAAAUACGAAUGAGAAUGAGAAUUUACCCCCACUUCAGAAAUCUUAAUGCUUGUUUUUCUUGCCAGCAAAUACGUCCAUUGGAGUAGUGAAUGCCUCUUUAGGCUGUAAAUAAUUAUAACUCACUUCAUACCUCUUAAGUAAAUCAAAUAUGUGUCUUACAGUGUUUUCUCCCCAAAGAUUGCUGUGUAUUGUAUCUUUGCAAGAUAUUUUAGCACUGUUACUGAAAUUGAAAAUGUUUGCAUGCUUAACAUGUGAUGAGUGUGGUCUAGUGUGUUUAAUACCAUUAAACAAAUGCUAAAACUGUU